AUGGCAAACGACACAUCAAACGGAUCGUUGAAGUUCACCGUUUCUCAUCGAGGACAGACCUACAGCAUCACAGAAUCUCCAGAAACAACGUUGACGUCCCUCCAAGCACGCCUCGAGGAACUGACGUCAGUCCCUCCUCCUCAACAGAAGCUACUAUACAAGGGCAAGAAAGCUUCAUCCGCUUCCCCUUCCGAAGUGACGUUGUCGGCCGCGGGCAUCAAAGAUGGCACGAGGAUUCAAAUGCUCGGGUCGACCGCAGACGAGAUCGGCGGCCUCCAUGCGGUAGAGAAUGAACAGAGGAGGAAGGAUAAGAUUAUGCGCGAGCGUGCGUUGAAGGCACCCGCAAAGGUUCGCUCGACUGGAUCGGCCUCCAGCUCCUCCCUCCAGUACCGCUUCCACCGACUCGAACCGCUCCAGCACCUUCCCAAACCCGCGGAAGCGCUCUCGCUGCUGACUCGGCUGUCGACGGAUCCAGCGAUCCAACAUAUCAUGCAGAAGCACCAUUUCAGCGUUGGGCUCCUGACCGAACUCGCACCGCACGAACAACCACAUCUCCUGGGCCUCAACGUCAAUGCCGGUCAAGCCAUCAAGCUGCGGUUACGGACCGACAGAUACGAUGGGUUCAGGACGUAUAAUGAGGUGCGGCGUGUGCUUUGCCACGAGCUCACGCACAACGUAUGGGGCGAUCAUGACGAUAAUUUCAAAGAGUUGAAUUCCAAGCUGAAUCGCGAAGUGGCAGAAUUCGAACAAGAUCGACGAGACGGAACACAUACUCUUUCAGGCAUCACCGACGCAUUCCAGCCUUCUUCCGAGCUUGAAGCAGAGGCUCAAACCUACGUCCUCGGUGGUGCUAGCUCAAGCGUACCUACACUUCAUGAAUCCCCGGAAGACCGCCGUCAACGCAUCCUCAACGCGACGAUGGCCCGUCUCCACAAAGAGGACGAAGAGUUAGAGCAAAGCUGCGGCACCGCCGGUCCGGCUUCUCAUUCGUGA